AUAGUUUGGCCUAAAAUUCUCUCUCUAAAAAGCAAAUCCAACUCAGUGCCGUAUAGAGUUGGCUUGGGAUGGCGUGUAUACAACCUCUCCAUCCAACCACCACUUCACCCUUCUCUUCGAAAUCGCGCGGGGGCGCCAUCAACAAUUCCUGCAGCACAGCUACCACCCACAGCUACAAGGCCGUUCGCAAUUGGGACCAAAGCGAGCCCGAACGCGCCAUUCUCCUCUUCAAGAGGUUGGUAGAACACGGCCCACUCUCCCUUAACCCUCGCUGUGGCUCCUUCUUCUUCUUCUUCCCCACCGUUCUCAAAGCAUGCGCAAAGAUCCCGGCUUUUUCCGAAGGAGCCCAGGUCCACGGAAUCGCCGUUAAGCUCGGAGUGGCCUCGGAUUCGUACGUGCAAAAUGCGCUGAUCGGUUUGUACUUCGGAUGCGGACGCUCCGGCGACGCGCAUCUCCUGUUCGAGAAAAUGCCUGAGAGGAGUGCUGUGUCCUGGAGCUGCGUUAUUGGGGGGUACGCCGAGUUGGGUUUGUGGGAAAAGGUGAAAUCUUUGUUUAGGACGAUGGUUGGGGAGUUUCGUGCUGCGCCCAAUUCGGUGACGCUUGUGAGGGUGGUCGCGGCGUGCACUAAAUCGAGGGACUUUGAGCUGGGCACGAAGGUUCUCCGGUAUAUCCGUGAGAAAGGAGUGAGCUUGGGAUUGAAUCUGGGAAAUGCUUUGGUGAACAUGUAUGCUAAGAUGGGGGUGAUGGAGGAAGCAGAGAGGUUAUUCCGUCGGAUGAUCGAACGCGAUGUGGUGACAUGGACCACAUUGCUCGCUGGAUAUGCCGCCGUACGCCGUAUAGAAACUGCCCGCGAGGUGUUUGAUAAAAUGCCUCAUCGGAAUGUGGUGGCUUGGAACGCCAUGCUUAGCGGAUAUGUUUCCAAUGGAUGCUUCGAAGCAGCAAUGUUGCUUUAUAAUGAGAUGCUGGCUCUUGAUGUAAAACCCGACAAGGCCACCAUGAUAAGCGUUGUAUCGGCUUCUGCACGAUUGGGUUACGUAAGCAUAGGCAAAGUAAUCCAUGGAUACAUUUGUAAGGCGGAGAUGGACAAAUCUCUUGAUUUGCUUCAUUCUAUUCUUGGACUCUACACAAGUUGUGGUGACAUGAACUCAGCUGAAUCAUUAUUCAACAAAUUGGUUAUAAAGAGUGAGAUCUCUAGGACUUUGAUGGUGGUGGGACAUGUAAAGCACGGCGCUGUGGCGACUGCACUUGACACCUUCAAACAAAUGCCAUACAAGGAUAUAGCUGCCUGGAAUGCAAUGAUUAGUGCGUUAACCAAAUCUGGUUACUUCAGUGAAACUUUGGGUAUCUUUGAAGAGAUGCAGAGGAUGAAGGUGAGCCCUAAUCAAUUAACACUCGUUAGCACAUUGACUGCAUGUGCAAAAGUUGGCGCUCUUGAAUUAGGCAGGUGGAUUCAUGCUUACAUUGAGAGAAACAAAAUAGAAAUGGAUGCGCAAUUAGGCUCUUCUCUUGUGGAAAUGUAUGCAAAGUGUGGAUGCAUAGAUCUUGCUCUCGAAGUGUUCAACAGAAUGCAUGUGAAGGAUUUGUUGGCAUGGACUACUAUUAUCAGUGGGCUUGCCAUGCAUGGAAGAAGUAAACUAGCUCUAGAACACUUCAAAGACAUGGAAGGGAAUGGUAUUCAUCCUGAUGCUGUUACAUUCAUUGGUGUUUUAGCCGCUUGUAGCCAUGGAGGUUUAGUAGAAGAAGGUAAGCACUACUUCGAUUUGAUGACUCGAAAGUAUGGAAUUCAUCCGACAACCGAACAUUAUAGUUGUAUGGUGGAUCUCUUUGGCCGAUGCGGCCUCUUGAACGAAGCUAAACAUUUUAUAGAAUCAAUGGACUUUUCUGCAAAUCGAAAGGCCAUUUGGGGAGCUCUACUUGGUGCUUGUAAUCUUCAUGGACAUAUUGAACUUGCUGAGUAUGUGACAAGAAAGCUAAUUGGGGAUGAUCCGACUCAUUGUGGAGCAUAUGUAUUAAUGUCUAAUGUGUAUGCAAAAGAAUCCAUGUGGGAUGGUGUCAAAAAGAUGAGAAAUCUGAUGAAGAGAGAAGGCGUUGAAAAAGUUCCUGGUUGUAGUUGGAUUGAGUUGAAUGGAGUUGUACAUGAAUUUUUUGCUGGGGGUGCUUACCAUCCAGAGUGUACAGAGAUUGACAUGAAAAUGUAAUUUGGAAUUUGAUGAUGUUGUCAUAAACUAGUCGAAUCUCGUCGCUGCUGCUACUACGGCCUCAGCCUUUUACCUAUGGGAUCUCAAGAAGAUAAAGAUGCUACUUGAACUAAUUCAUUGCAAUAGUGGCCUUGCAUGACUAUUCAAAGCAGAUUGCAAGAAGGUAACUAUGCUAUUUCAUCUAA